AUGAAUGUAAAUUAUGAAUUUCUCUGAAUGUGCGUAGGAAGUUGUACAUUCAUUGUUUACCCUGGUUAAAUAAUAACUUAUCAGUUCUCUGGUGGGUAGUAUUUAUGGGCACACAAAGAGCUGUUAGAUUUUAAGAUUAGACAUUAACAAGGUAAUUGCAUUUAAAAUCCACUCUCUUGUUGACCUAAUCUAGUAACUAACAUUGAAUGGUACAAUAGACUGAUACACAUGCUUCAAAAUAUAAUAUUAGCUUUUAUUUGGUGGUCUUACAUCUUCCAUUCUCUUUUUGAGAUGGUCAAGGCACAUGGGGGUCCUUAUCCUAUCUGCUUAAACCCAUGACACACCCCUACUCAGAUCCCUACUGUAUGACCUAGACUGGGCUUCAUAGCACAGAGUAGGCUUUCCAGUAUCGGAGGCUGCAUGUUUCUUAUCCAUGAGGGGACACACUGUGAAAGCACUGUUUGACAUCUUGCGCAAGAUGUCUCCUACUUCGACGGUAUACACUGAGUAAACCAUAUGACCUCAGCAUUAGAAGACGGCACUGUUUUCCCCAAAUACAGAGUGACCUGGAUGGAAUGAAUUCAGAAGACUGGCAGGCAGAUAAUACUCUUUGCUGUGUUGCUUGAGCGCUGAUUGAUUAGUCUACAGUCCCCUCCCCCUCCUUGUAUUUGCUCUGUCCCUCACUAGGACAUGUGACCGCUGAGGCAUGAUGUGAAUGGGGGAAGGGGCUCCACUUGGCAGCACAGCCAGGGGCUCCCCUGUCUCCCCUCCUGUGUGUGGUGUUUUGUUUGCCCCCAUGAUGUUUUCAGCCUGUGAUGAGAAAGUUACAUUUGGCACUACUCUCACGUUUAUCCUUCCGGCCCACCCACCCCUGGCCCACAAAACGCAUCUGCCCUAGCCCGCCAGGCAGCAGGCACCCUUCAAGCUCCUGUGUCCCCCAAAACAGAGAGACUGUGGGUAGGGCUGGCAAUAUAUCAAAUUAAUGUUUUUGCGUGAUAUUCCAAAUGCCUGUAUCACAAGAAUCAAGGUUUUGUUAUUUUUAUGAGUGUUUGUCUGCUUGUUCUCAUGUUGUAUUUUUGGCCUCGUCUCUUUCGCUGCUGUGUGCGCCUUCCCAUUUACACCAGAGAUCUGAAUAUAAUGAAGAUGAGAUGCACGUCUCCGCCCUAACAAUGUGAGUCGUUGUCCCGAAGUCGGGAAGGCAGGCUUUAUGGUUUACCCACACACCAAGCCCCUCCCCCUACCUCUCAUGCCAACAAAGUUGAGAAAUCACAUCUUCUCUCUGCUAUUAGAGGUUUGGUCCAACAGAAUCGGUCAUAUGGACACCAAAACACAUUGAGACAUUAUUCUACUGUAAUAGAGGAGAAGUUAACUUUUCUGACGAUACCCUUUUUGUGUCUCAACUACUCAAAUUGUGCUCAGAGCAGACACUACUAAAACAAGAGUAUCAAUGGACAUUGAUUCUGGAAAAUCAAUUCUCAGUUUGUAGCUCGCGGCAUUAGGGUACCACGUACCGCUAGCAGCAUUUUAGCCAAAGACUGUUAUACUACCUGUCUAGUCUGUGUUUUAUAAAUGUGCAAUUAGCAUAAAACACAGUCAUAUAAGGAAUUGGCAACUCGUUCUCAUUCUGAGAAAUAAGGUACACUGCAUGACCAAAAGUAUGUGGACACAUGCUCGUCAAACAUCUCAUUCCAAAAUCAUGGACAUUAAUAUGGAGUUAGUCCCCCCCUUUGCUGCUAUAACAGCCUCCACUCUUCUGGGAAGGCUUUCCACUAGAUGUUGGAACAUUGCUGUGAGGACUUGCUUCCAUUCAGCCACAAGCGGGCACUGAUGUUGGGUGAUUAGGCCUGGCUCACAGUGGCCGUUCCAAUUCAUCCCAAAGGUGUUCAAUGGGAUUGAGACCAGGGCUCUGUGCAGGCCAGUCAAGUUCUUCCAUACCUAUCUUGACAAACCAUUUCUCUAUGGACCUCGCUUUGUGCACGGGGGCAUUGUCAUGCUGAAACAGGAAAGGGCCUUCCCCAAAAUGUUGGAAGCAUAGAAUUGCCUAUUUGUAUGCUGUAGUGUUAAGAUUUCCCUUCACUGGAACUAAUGGGCCUAGGCCGAACCAUGAAAAACAGCCCCAGACCAUUAUUCCUCCUCCACCAAACUUUACAGUUGGCACUAUAGUAGCGUUCUCCUGGCAUCCGCCAAACCCAGAUUUGUCCGCCUGCCAGAUGGUGAAGCGUGAUUCAUCACUCCAGAGAACACAUUUCCACUGCUCCAGAGUCCAAUGUUGGUGAGGUUUACACCACUCCAGCCGACGCUUGGCAUUGUGCAUGGUGAUCUUAGGCUUGUAUGUUGCUGCUUGGCCAUGGAAACCCAUUUCUUGAAGCUCCCGACGAACAGUUCAUGUGCUGACGUUGCUUCCAGAGGCAGUUUGGAACUCGGUAGUGAGUGUUGCAAUCGAGGACAGACAAUUUUUACGCGGUUCUGUGAGCUUGUGUGGCCUACCACUUCGCGGCUGAGCCGUUGUUGCUCCUAGACCUUUCCACUUCACAAUAACAGCACUUACAGUUGACCGGGGCAGCUCUAGCAGGGCAGAAAUUUGACAAACUGACUUGUUGGAAAGGUGGCAUCCUAUGACGGUGCCAUGUUGAAAGUCACUGAGCUCUUCAGUAAGGCCAUUCUACUGCCAAUGUUUGUCUAUGGAGAUUGCAUGGCUGUGUGCUCGAUUUUAUUCACCUGUCAGCAACAGGUGUGGCUAAAAUAGCAAAAUCCACAAAUUUGAAGGGGUGUCCACAUACUUUUCUAUAUAUAAGUCUAGGCCACUUCAUUUCAACAUCUAAACAAAGUGGCCAGGCUAACAUGCUUUUCAAACAGUUUGAAACAGACAGAAGGGUGUGUUCAUAACAAUGCAACUGUUCAACCUUGUUAGCUAGCAAAUAGAUCCAAGUUGGCUAAACUGGAAAUAUAAAGAUUAGCUGGCUAAUCACUAUCACGUGGGCUUUUCGAGAUUGUUGAUUAGACCUGUGUUAAUUUUCUAUAGCCUAAUGCCUGCUAUGAGAAGUUAGUGAUUAUUAGUGAAUGUGCAUUAUGCAUGGUUCUAGUUAAAUUUGUAACAAAAAGGGGUAUUUUCAUAGACUUGCAAGCCAGAUCAGUUUUUAAUGCCAAAAAAAGCAGGUUAAACUAUUUUGAUAAAAUAAUUACAUUAUUAUUGGGUCUUAUGGUUGUGGAAGGCUUAUAUUUAGCCUAGGUAUAACUUCACAAGCCUAUGAUUUUUAGGCCAUAUCUUCCAGGCCUAACUGUGGGCCUAGCGAGUCAACUAUGACCCCUUUGCCUCACCAACCCCCAAAAGUCCUUUAUCUUAACCCCUCACUUGGUCAUCAAGGAGUUACAUGCAUGGUGCUUUGGUGGUGAGCUUCCCUCUGGUUAUCCCCUCUCUGUUGGCAGCUUGACUUGUUGCAGGGGAAACACUCUAGUCACAGACGCAUGGCAGAGUCCUCUAUUGGAGAACACACCAGCUGUCGCCUAGACACCGCCAGGACUAUCACCGGGCCUGAAGGUGUCCCUCUUGGCAAGCGAAAGCGAAGUGGUAACAGUGUGUCUUCUAUGUAUGAAAAGCUGUGAAGGGAAAGUUUUAGAUUCAUUUCUCCUCAGGCACUGCGUGGUCAUCACUAGUUACCACAGCCACAAAUUCAUAAUUAUGCCUAAACCUGCCUAUUUCUACAAUUUUUGUUUUGUUUUCAUGUGUUUUUACGAUAUAGGCAAUUUUAAACUUUGUGGCUAUGGUAACUAGUGACAACCGCACUGCGUGGCAGUUUCCUGGCUACCCAAACUCCUUGCUCCACACUAGGGCCGAAAUAUCUGAUUAAAUCGAAUAUCGUUAUAUUUGACAUUGACGAUAUAUCGUGAAGUGCAAGACGAUAUAUGAUGUGCAAGUAUGAAAAUGUAUGCACUCACUAACUGUAAGUCGCUCUGGAUAAGAGCGUCUGCUAAAUGACUAAAAUGUAAAUGUAAGUCUAUACUCUAUUUGAAAUUUACAAAUAACUGUGCAGUUAUCAGAUAGGCUCUAUCAACAUGUUGAAAAUGAAUUAACUAAGCCUUCUUUUUUCACCACAUGAAGAUCAUUUAAUGAGAAUGCGACUAUAAUAUUGUAAAUAAGCACAAAAAUGGCACUGUCUGGAAACAUUUAGUAAUUAAUGGCGCAAAAUGAUUAUAUCGGGUAUGGCGAUAUUGGGAGCAGCAUAUCGUAGAAGAGGUCUCCCCAAAUAUCGCCCAACCCUACGCCCGCCAACGGUUUCUUCUCCGCAAUGAGUCAGGAUUUGAGUACCUCCCGACGAUUUUUAGAACACAAACACAUUCUAAUCAUUCUGAUUGGUCCCAGAAACUGAUGGGUUGGGCCACAGCCAGAACACAUGUGUGUAAAGCAGUGUUUUGAAAAUUCGCCAUGAUACUCUGAUUGGUUAGAGAUGAUCCAAUAUCUGACUUUGUUUUGUACAACACCCCUCAUUUUGACGUCACCUCAAACCAUUGCAGUCUUAUGUGGUCACCAUGUGAAGUUAGUCUCGUGUAUUGUCAAUGUGCUCUAAAUGUAGCCUAGAUAUUAAUGCAUAGCUGUUUCACAGGCUGUUCACACACACAGGUUGUGUUUGCAGCUCCCCCGAUUUAUCCUCUCAGGACACUCCUUAAGGGAUAUGGUUCUAGAGGUGACAUGUCCCUUGGAGGAUAGCGCCCUGGUUACCACUCUGGACAGAUGGGAGUUGGCUGGUGGGAUGGGUGUGUAUCUCUCUCACGCCCACCUUAAAUGCUUUCUGUCCAGCUACUCCAGUGACCACGGUCCCUUAGGGCUCAGACACACCAAUAGCCGUUUGCUAGCCAAGAGUACUUAGCACCUCUGAACGUAAUUUGCAAACUGGGUGCCCACUGAUUUUACAUGUAUAAUUGGGUGAAAAAUGUUGGCAGUCAAGUCUACAGCGGGUGGUCCUGAAAAAAGGGUGCACUGAACGAUCGUCUUAUGAACGCUAGAUCCACAUUCGGUGCAAUGUGUGCGAGCCUUUAGGAUGCCCCUAUGACCUGCAGAACAAGCUCAAUACAGAUACUAAAUUGUAAUUGUGAUGAGAACGGCAGUACUGGAGUAUUAAUCUUAAUACCAUGUAUGGACAGUAGUGCAUUAUGGUAAUCUUGACCUAAUAACCACUUUGCUUAGACUGUCUGGACUAGUUACCACCAUUACUCUGCUAUGCCAUGGUAAGUGCUAGCCGGUGUGGCUACGGAUGCUAAUACCACAUGGGGUUAAGCUAUGUACAUGGUAUGUACAGUGUGCGAUUGCAUGCUAGUGUGUAGAUGGUGGUAAUCUCACAACAAAAAGACGGUUGGUAACUUUGGUUAGUGUGUUGUUAGACUUUGGUGAGGCCCCUCUGCAUUAUGACUUGAUUUUAGAUUAUAUUAUAGUCAUAAAACAUAGAUAUCAGUUGACUGUAUUGCAGAUGGUAAGGUGGACCUAAUAGCACUCACAUACUCCCUCUCUCCGUGCCCAGCCCCACUUAUUUGGCUAAUGGUAUCAGAACAUGCCGAGGGGUGAGAGUAGGGUGGAUUUAUAAGGGCACAAAUUGCAAUCUCAUUGGCUUUAUCUGAUUUAGAGAAGACAAAACCCAAUCCCAAAUCAAUCCUUUCCCCCUAGGCGCUAGUGAAGAACUGAGAGGAUUGGAUAGGUAUAAGGGCUCAGACACAGCAAUAGAGUACUUAGCACCUCUGAACGCAAUUUGCAAACGAGUGCGCACCGAUUCUACAUGUAGAAUUGUGUGAAAGACGUUGGCAGUCUACAGCGGGUGGUCCCUAAAACACAAUCCACAUUCGGUGCGACGUGUGCUAGCCUUAAGAAACAUUGUAGAAACACUGAUAGUUAGGCAGAAUAUUUGCCAUAUUGCUUAAACACUUGUGCAGUCCACUCCAGUAGAUAGGUGGUAGGGCAGGCUAAGGGUUGAUUUGGGACUGUGUCGGAGGAACAUAUAUCUGUGUGUACAGUCUGUCCUAAAUUGUUUGUAUUGUGUUGAGUAAAUUGCCUGUGAAUAAUAUGGAAGGUAAAUAUGUGUAGGGCAGGCUAAGGAUUGAUUUGGGGCUGUGUCAAAGGAACAUAUGUCUGUCUGAACAGUCUUUCCUAAAUUGUUUGUAUUGUGUUGAGUAAAUUGCCUGUGAAUAAUAUGAAAGGUAAAUAUUUGUACUGUAUAAACUUCAUGUGUGUGUUACAUGGUGUGCUAGUGUAAUCUCAUUGGGCCUAAUCUCAUUAGGGGAAAGGCUGAGGCUGCAUAUCCCUCAGGCACCCCUCUCGUCGCUAUGGAAAUGGGUGGCUCUGGGUAACGGCAUGGCGACCGUAUGCCUGGAAACGGUCAGAGGGUGUGUUCAUUCUGUAGGCAUGGAAAGGACAACACUUUUUGAAAUUUAGGAGGGAGUAUUAUUAAUGGCCAUUCUGGUUCCAGGAACUUUCAAUUUUAGUGCUUAUAAGACCAGGGUUGUGGGUUUGAUUCCUGCAUGGACCACCAAUUCUGGUAGGCUUUUAUGUUCUAAUAGGAUAAAAAGCUGUAAUUUGGCCACCUGCUCUGGAAGUAUCCCUUUUUUUCCAGCUCAACGAUAUGCUAACUUGCAUUGUCACUCGCCCACAUAUUUCUGGUGUCUCAUGUAGCCCAGUCUCUCUCUCUCGCACAUAUUCUCCCUCCCGUUUCCUUCCUUUUCUUAUCUCGUUUAACCACUAAUUUACUCUUUAUUAAAUGGCUGCAUUUUCUCAGCUGUCAUUUUCCUUUUUCCAUCACAUCCCUUCCUCCAUCUUUCAUGCCCUACCCAUAGCUUCCACCAUUUGAAAUCAGCCUCAACGUUUAGACAUUUUGAUGUGAAAGGAAUGGAUGGGUGUAACUAAGUAAUAAUACUGUAGCUCCGCUGCUCCUCCCUAGCCCUCGGUGUAAGGUGGCUAGGAAUCUGUAUGCAACAGCUGAAAUGGCUAAAGAAGGAAUUCAGUAGGAAUCAGUGUUUCCCCCAAAUGCAUUAUCAGUAUGUCAAAAUAAUGUAUAUUUCUUCCAAGACAGGCUUUGAAGUGGAUAGUGUGUGGCAGGGGUAUUCAACUCUUACCCUACAAGGUCUGGAGCCUGCUGGUUUUCUGUUCUACUUGAUGAUUAAUUGCACCCACCUGGUGUCCCAGGUCUAAAUCAGUCCCCGAUGAGGUGAACAAUGAAAAAAUGCAGUGGAACUGACUUGGAGGUCCAGAGUUGAGUUUGAGGGGUCUAGGGGAACAGCUAGCAUGGCAUUGCGCUAACGCUAGUAUCAAUGCACCCCCGCUACCCUUGCCGCCACUUCUGAAAAAAAUCCUAGGGGAAACAUUAGGAAUCUGAAUAUAGACGCAGACCGGAAGUGGGGAUCUGUUAAUUAGCCAAAGCAAUUGGUAGGCUCGCGUCAGCGAGACACUACUGUUAUCUGCCAUACUUCUUAUUAUUAAAGCACUUUUGGACAGCUGAAGCAAAUGUGCACACAUUUUUUCCUAGUUUAUGAAUUGAUCUCUCCUCUCCCCUAGACAAUGGAGCUGAAUGUGAGGUGUGUUCUGCUGCUGACCUUGGGCCUGUGCUCCACGCUGCUAAUGACCACAGUGGCCGCCCACCAGGAGGAGGAGGAGCCUAUCAUGGAGAUGGCGGGAGACGUGGAGGACGAGUUGGAGGACCUGGGCCUUGGGGAGGAGCUUCUGGACGGGGAGGUGGAGCCAGAGGAGGCAGACACACCAACGGGACCACCUCCAGCCCCUAAAGUAAGUAUCCAAUCCUAUUGACCUAGAUCAGUGUGUAUACAGUUAGGGUUUUAGUGGUUAAAAUGCCAGUAGUGGUUAGAAAGCGUGGCUCCUCUCUUUCCCUCCAGCAUACCCAGAUUGUGACAGUCAACGAGAAGAGGUUAGGCCUACAUGGCUGCUCACGGUUCCUCUCAAGGAGAAAUGGAUAAUCAUUUAGUUUACUGCAUGGAUAUACUCUGCAUCGCCUCAAAGGGAGUGCCUCAAUUGUACAUAGAUACAAACCAACCGACCCAUUUUCACUAGUAAAAAUGUCCAUUGUGAAUGGUCUGUAGAGUGAGUGGGAGGUUUGAGCUCAUUUCAAGGAAUUAAUGUGAUUCACACAACACCACAAAUGAUAGUGAGAAAAAGCCUGUUCUAUGACUCCUUAGUGGCCUUGUUUUCUCCACUAGUUAGUGUCUACCAUGAAUUAUGUCAUAUUUCUACACAGGACAUAAAAUAUACUUUUUGGUCCUCCAGCCACUGGCAGGAAGGUUUUAAAAUCUACCAGCCAAUCAGAUUUUUUACCAGACAAAAUCAUUUCCCCCCUGCUAAAAUUACUAUUAUUAUUAUUUUUUGUGACGUGAGUCUAUUAACCAAAAUAUCACAGAUGAGACAAAAUGUUCACCUGCCCCUUUAAGGGCGGGUGGUUACCGUGGUAGCGUGACUCCAGUCAUGUUUGUGCCUGUGAGAUUGAGUCUGACUACUAGAAGCGUUGUCUUCUCUUCCCUAGCAGUUGAAGCUCAAACAUAGAAAAACAACCUAGCUUGUGAACAAAACUAUGUAAAUAGCCAAGAAACACAAAGACAGUCUCAUUUCAGUAGACUUUCGUUUCAAGUAAAUUAGACCAACUUUUGCCUGUGCACAGAGCUUAUAAAAAUGAAUCUUUCACUCAGCUCUUCACGUGCGCACAGCCCCCAGCCAGGCUGUGUUGCAGUGCAAGGUGGAAUAGGCUAUAUAGGAUUCAUAGUUCUUUGACUUUGUGCUAUUCAUUUACCAGCUAACAAAAUAGCAGAAAUACUUUGAAAACAGCUUCUGCAGAAUUUGACUAUAAAUGUGAUCAUACUUGAUUAUUUUUAUUCACACAUGCGAGUGAAAUGCUCGCACUGUGGAGCCCAGCCAAUGUGGCUGGUGAAAUGGACAUCUUACCCGCCAAUGCCAAAAUCUACUCGCAUUUGGCAGGUGGCGGGUGUUCAUUUUAGGCCCUGUUUCUACAUAAAGGAUAUGGCUAACGCCAGAGUGAUGAGAUGUUUCCAGCGGUGAAUAUCUCUGACUAGCCUAACUUCAGUGGAGGUAUUUAAAUGAAACUCUGAGGUGAUACAUUGACUAGCAAUGUGACUUGAAAGUUUGCUAUCUGACCGACCUAUGUCCUCCCAUUGCUCUUGCAUAGGACACACACACGCGUAACGGAUUGGCACACAAAACACCUGCUAACUGGAGCCAAGCAGUGGAAGAGGUGACCCACUGACCCCUCUCUGCUCUCCUCUCUAGGUGAUCUACAAAGCUCCCGAGCCCAUGGGGGAACACUUCUUCGCCGAGUCCUUUGACAGGGGGACCCUAGACAGGUGAGCACUCGUUAAAAUUAGAAACAGUGCUGUUAAACGCAGGUAUUAUUAUUAUAUAGUCAUUUGUAAUGAAAAUUACAUGUACAUCAAGGAAAAUAUAUUCAUAUACAGUGGGGGAAAAAAGUAUUUAGUCAGCCACCAAUUGUGCAAGUUCUCCCACUUAAAAAGAUGAGAGAGGCCUGUAAUUCUCAUCAUAGGUACACGUCAACUAUGACAGACAAAAUGAGAAAAAAAAUCCAGAAAAUCACAUUGUAGGAUUUUUUAUGAAUUUAUUUGCAAAUUAUGGUGGAAAAUAAUUAUUUGGUCAAUAACAAAAGUUUCUCAAUACUUUGUUAUAUACCCUUUGUUGGCAAUGACACAGGUCAAACGUUUUCUGUAAGUCUUCACAAGGUUUUCACACACUGUUGCUGGUAUUUUGGCCCAUUCCUCCAUGCAGAUCUCCUCUAGAGCAGUGAUGUUUUGGGGCUGUCGCUGGGCAACACGGACUUUCAACUCCCUCCAAAGAUUUUCUAUGGGGUUGAGAUCUGGAGACUGGCUAGGCCACUCCAGGACCUUGAAAUGCUUCUUACGAAGCCACUCCUUCGUUGCCCGGGCAGUGUGUUUGGGAUCAUUGUCAUGCUGAAAGACCCAGCCACGUUUCAUCUUCAAUGCCCUUGCUGAUGGAAGGAGGUUUUCACUCAAAAUCUCACGAUACAUGGCCCCAUUCAUUCUUUCCUUUACACGGAUCAGUCGUCCUGGUCCCUUUGCAGAAAAACAGCCCCAAAGCAUGAUGUUUCCACCCCCAUGCUUCACAGUAGGUAUGGUGUUCUUUGGAUGCAACUCAGCAUUCUUUGUCCUCCAAACACGACGAGUUGAGUUUUUACCAAAAAGUUCUAUUUUGGUUUCAUCUGACCAUAUGACAUUCUCCCAAUCCUCUUCUGGAUCAUCCAAAUGCACUCUAGCAAACUUCAGACGGGCCUGGACAUGUACUGGCUUAAGCAGGGGGACACGUCUGGCACUGCAGGAUUUGAGUCCCUGGCGGCGUAGUGUGUUACUGAUGGUAGGCUUUGUUACUUUGGUCCCAGCUCUCUGCAGGUCAUUCACUAGGUCCCCCUGUGUUGUUCUGGGAUUUUUGCUCACCGUUCUUGUGAUCAUUUUGACCCCACGGGGUGAGAUCUUGCGUGGAGCCCCAGAUCGAGGGAGAUUAUCAGUGGUCUUGUAUGUCUUCCAUUUCCUAAUAAUUGCUCCCACAGUUGAUUUCUUCAAACCAAGCUGCUUACCUAUUGCAGAUUCAGUCUUCCCAGCCUGGUGCAGGUCUACAAUUUUGUUUCUGGUGUCCUUUGACAGCUCUUUGGUCUUGGCCAUAGUGGAGUUUGGAGUGUGACUGUUUGAGGUUGUGGACAGGUGUCUUUUAUACUGAUAACAAGUUCAAACAGGUGCCAUUAAUACAGGUAACAAGUGGAGGACAGAGGAGCCUCUUAAAGAAGAAGUUACAGGUCUGUGAGAGCCAGAAAUCUUGCUUGUUUGUAGGUGACCAAAUACUUAUUUUCCACCAUAAUUUGCAAAUAAAUUCAUUAAAAAUCCUACAAUGUGAUUUUCUGGAAUUUCUUUCCUCAAUUUGUCUGUCAUAGUUGACGUGUACGUAUGACGGAAAUUACAGGCCUCUCAUCUUUUUAAGUGGGAGAACUUGCACAAUUGGUGGCUGACUAAAUACUUUUUUCCCCCACUGUAUGCUGCCCUGAAACAACAUGGGUGUUAUAAACUGCAUUUUGUCUAUUCUCUUCAUGUGCCAUACUGUGCUGUGUGAGUGCUCACUAUAGGACCAGCUGCAAUUUGACUUUCUCUAAGGAUAAAUACGAACCUAAGGAUAAAUAAAUAUUCCCCCGGGGUCUGUCCCUAUGGUGUCCUGGUGCUACCAUGUUUACUUGACUGAAGUCAAUUUGCUUCUCCUGUUUGUUUCAGCUGGGUCCUGUCAAAGGCCAAGAAGGAGGAUAUUGAUGAGGAUAUCGCCAAGUAUGAUGGUAGGCACUAAGACAGGUCCUCUCUGACCAGGGUCUUAAACUAACUUUUUAGUCUAGUUGCCACUGGCAGCCACAUUAAUUACACCAAAAAACUCAAAACUGCUGUUUUUUUGUGAUUGAGCAUGCUUUGUAAUGUUUCUAAAUCAAGGAAUGUAUUACUAGUAAGCUGGAAUGUGAUAUAUUUAAUAUGUUGUGAACUGAGUCUUUUAACCAAAAUAUCAGACGAGAGAGACAUUUUCAGCUGCCCCUUUUAAGGUUACUGUGGUAACGGGCCCACUGGAGUCAUCAGGUGUGCCUGUGAGAAUCUGACUAGUAGAGACCGAUGUCUCCUCUUCACUAGCAGUGGAAGCAAACUCAAACAUUGAAAACAACCUAAUUUGUGAACAAAACAAUGUAAAUAUCCAAGAAACACAAGGAUAAAUUCUUACUUUAGUAGUUAGACCAAGUUUUAUGCCUGUGUGGAUUGCUUCUAAAAGCUUUUAGCACUUCACUCACAGUGCGAACAGCCCCCCAGCCAGGUGGUAUAGCUAUAACGUUAGGAUUCUCAUUUCUUUGUGCAUUACCAGAUAUGAAACAAAACAGCGGAAAUACUUUGAAAACCGCUACUGCAGCAUUUAUUUAGCUAUAAAUCACAACUCCCACGUGCCUGUACUUAACUUAUGACUAUUUUUAUACAAAAUGCUCGCACUGUAGAGCCCCAAGUGUGACCACCCGCCAACAUGGCUGGUGAAUUAGAUAUUCUUACACGGCAAUGCUAAAAUCUACCUGCAUUUGGUGGGUGGUGGGUGUUCAUUUUAGGCCCCGUCUCUGACACAUUGUAUUAAGUAGGGCACAACAUAGCAAAUCAUUUUGCAAACGAAAAACUAAAAUUAGUGUUUGGAGCCUAAUGAAUACAACCUAGGUUUGGCUCCAUUCAGGCAGUUAUCAAGUGAGUACACUCACGUAUUUUAACUCCGUCUUGCAGGUAAAUGGGAGGUGGAGGACAUGAAGGACAGCAAGCUGCCCGGAGACAAGGGCCUGGUCCUCAAGUCCCGUGCUAAGCACCACGCCAUCUCAGCCCAGCUCCUCAGGCCCUUCAUCUUUGACACCAAACCCCUCAUCGUCCAGUAUGAGGUCAACUUCCAGCAGGGGAUCGACUGUGGUGGUGCCUACGUCAAACUGCUCUCCCAGACCCCACACCUCAACCUGGUAAGGCACACACCUGCACCAAAGAUUUUUAUAACUAACCCUAGCUAGACCACAGCCUGUCAUUUCCAAUGGGAACAAGUUAGUCAUAGUGGGUAGAACAAGCAAGGAGGGGGACAAAGCCAAGCACGAGCUAGCGAGAUCUUAUUGGUGUGUUCUAGCAUGUAUUUGCAUAUUUUCGUUAGGGAACACCUACUUUGUGAAGUGCCUGUGCAAUAACCCUUUACCCUUGGACUCUUUCUAAAAACCAAUAUAAAAAAAUAAUGUUCGAUACAUUCUAGUUUUGGAAACAGGAAACUGUAUUGAGAUCAAAUGUUUUGUUGAUGAGAAAAUUUGCUGAAUAUCGGCCAAACUCCAUCUUCUCCCACUGCCGGCCACUGGGCUUCCUCUCACCCCCAUAUUUGGUAGUGAGUGGAAACGGCAAGCGGAUGCUUCACAUUUAUACAUCCGGUGAAAUAUCUGGCUCAUUGUUCUAUCUGUGCCUGCACCAUGUAAUCUAAGACGCUCUCGGAAAACACAAAAUAAAUCGACAAAAUGGCAUAACCUCUCAAAAGUGCUCUGUUUAUGUAUCAAAUGUACCCAUGUAGAUGCCCUGGAAAUCCAGUAGCCAGUUACACAUUCCAUAAUGUUCUAGUACAGAGCCACAGUAAAUGUAUAUUUGUCCUUCCCACCAGGAUGAGUUUGUUGACAAGACUCCCUACACCAUCAUGUUCGGACCAGACAAGUGUGGCGAGGACUACAAGCUGCACUUCAUCUUCCGCCACAAGAACCCAAAGACUGGCGAGUAUGAGGAGAAGCACGCCAAGAAACCCGACGCAGACCUGCGCACCUACUACACCGACAAGAAGACCCACCUUUACACACUGGGUAUGACAUUUCAACAUGUUCUCAGGCACCCGUUAUGUAUCCCUGCUGUUGUAACUGGUGCAAUGUCACAUAACGAUCACAUAGAACGUAGAACACAUGAUCAUAUGCCAGUUAGAUUAGGGAAGUGUGUUAGCUCUUCUUCUUACGUUUCUACUUAUUCCUCUAACCAUCUCUCUCCUGCCCCCUAGUGUUGAACCCAGACAACAGCUUUGAGGUGCUUGUAGACCAGACGGUUGUGAACAGUGGUAACCUGCUGACAGAUGUGACCCCACCCAUCAACCCUGCCGCCGAGAUCGAGGACCCCGAUGACCACAAGCCAGAGGACUGGGACGAGAGGCCCAAGAUCCAGGACCCUGAUGCUGUCAAACCUGAGGACUGGUAAGGGCCUGUGGGUGUGUUUGGGUGGGCACAUGAGUGUUUGUGUGGGUGUGUGAGAGAGAGGCUAUUUCAACAGGUUAGCUUACAUGUUUUAAGUUACACAGCGUGUGCAUACAUAUUUCAAAUGUAGUUGGGGUUGUUUUGACAUGGGAUAGUGUGUGUGUGUCUCUCCUGUGGACAGUUUUAUGUUUGUGCCAGGUGUGUGUAUCUGUGUUUAGUGUGGGGUUCUGUGUUUAGUGUGGGGUUCUGUGUUUAGUGCGGGGUUCUGUCUUUAGUGCGGGGUUCUGUCUUUAGUGCGGGGUUCUGUGUUAGUGCGGGUGUUAGUGCGGGAUUCUGUGUUAGUGCGGGGUUCUGUGUUAGUGCGGGGUUCUGUGUUAGUGUGGGGUUCUGUGUUAGUGUGGGGUUCUGUGUUAGUGUGGGGUUCUGUGUUAGUGCGGGGUUCUGUGUUAGUGCGGGGUUCUGUGUUAGUGCGGGGUUCUGUGUUAGUGCAGGGUUCUGUGUUAGUGUGGGGUUCUGUGUUUGUGUGUACCCUCUAACUCCCUCCCCUGUCCCAUAGGGAUGAGGAUGCACCAAAACAGAUCCCAGAUGAAGAUGCAGUGAAGCCAGACGGUUGGCUGGACGAUCAGCCAGAGUACACCAGUGACCCCGACGCAGUAAAGCCUGAGGACUGGUAACUACCAUACCUUUACACUCUCUUUCAGCUCACCCCCGCUUCCAUGCUACUCUCUCAAACUGCUGUCCCUCUCCUCUCUACACCCUCUUCUGCCACUCUUCUCGCUCCCCUUCAUCGACCACUCUGCUACCUCCCCUCUGUCUUCUCUCUCCCCUUCAUCUACCACUCUGCUACCUCCCCUCUGUCUUCUCUUUCCCCUUCAUCUACCACUCUGCUACCUCCCCUCUGUCUUCUCUCUCCCCUUCAUCUACCACUCUGCUACCUCCCCUCUGUCUUCUCUUUCCCCUUCAUCUACCACUCUGCUACCUCCCCUCUGUCUUCUCUCUCCCCUUCAUCUACCACUCUGCUACCUCCCCUCUGUCUUCUCUUUCCCCUUCAUCUACCACUCUGCUACCUCCCCUAUGUCUUCUCUCUCCCCUUCAUCUACCACUCUGCUACCUCCCCUCUGUCUUCUCUCUCCACUCAUGGUGUAUCCUCAUCUGGGUCAGCCCACUUGUGUGUUGGAAGCUAAUUGCUAGCGUUUGCGGCAGCAGCUCCUCUUCUCUGUGAAGAGAGUUGGCUUCCUGGUGAGAGGAGCUUUGCCUCAGGACAGCCAGGCCUGGUUUUUGGGCUUUGAAGAGCUCAUUUUUUCACUGUCUUUGAUGUCUCACUUCUGUGGCGGAAAUUAAAUUAGAGCCGGUAGAGAAGAGCUAGAGGAACGGGACACAGUGGAUAGAGGGAAAGAGGGAGGAGACCAAUGUGGAGAUACUGGCUAAUGACCCCUUUUAGAGGGCCUCUAAAUGCAAUCUGUCUUGUCUUUGUCUCACUGGGAGCUUAUUUUUCUUUCUCUUUUGUUCUUUUGCUUUCUCACACACACAGUAACUUGCAACCGUAUAUCAUUUUGUGCCCUGUAUGACUGCGUUUGUCUUACAAUGUGCUCUGUGAUGUUUUCGUAACUUUCUCUUUUAUUUUUCUCCAGGGAUGAGGAUAUGGAUGGGGAGUGGGAGGCCCCUCAGGUCCCUAACGCCCUCUGUGAGACCGCCCCCGGCUGUGGCGCCUGGCAACGGCCCAUGAUUGACAACCCCAACUACAAGGGCAAGUGGAAGGCCCCCAUGAUCGACAAUCCCAACUACCAGGUAACCCUUCACAUCUCCCAGCCACACCAAAGCAUCAGCCUCUUUAGGAACCAGUUUUACCCCAGUGAAGUGUGUUGCCUAAAUAACAUACACACAAGUUGCACUUGCUCUUUCAGAAUUUGCCUUCUAUUUGUACACUAUAUCUACAAAAGUAUGUGGAAACCCCUUCAAAUUAGUGGAUUCUGUUAUUUCAGCCACACCCGUUGCUGACAGGUGAAUAAAAUCGAGCACACAGCCAUGAAAUCUCCAUAGACAGACAUUGGCAGUAGAAUGGCCUUAAUGAAGAGCUCAGUGACUUUUAACGUGGCACCGUCAUAGGAUAACAGCUUUUCAACAAGUCAGUUUGUCAAAUUUCUGCCCUGCUAGAGCUGCCCCGGUCAACUGUAAGUGCUGCUAUGAAGUGGAAACAUGUAGGAGUACCAAUGGCUCAGCUGCGAAGUGGUAGGCCACACAAGCUCACAGAACGGGACCGCUGAGUGCUGAAGCGCGUAGAGCGUAAAAAUCGUCUGUCCUCGGUUGCAACACUCACUACCGAGUUCCAAACUGCCACUGGAAGCAACGUCAGCAGAAUAACUGUUCGUCGGGAGCUUCAUGAAAUGGUUUUCCAUGGCCGAGCAGCCGCACACAAGCCUGAGAUCACCAUGCAUAAUGCCAAGUGUUGGAUGGAGUGGUGUAAAGCUCGCCGCCAUUGAACUCUGGAGCAGUGGAAACGCGAUCUCUGGAGUGAUCAAUCACACUUCACCAUCUGGCAGUCCGACGGACAAAUCUGCAUACAAAUAGGCAAUUCUGUGCUUCCAACUUUGUGGCAACAUUUCCUGUUUCAGCAUGACAAUGCCCCUGUGCACAAAGCGAGUUCCAUACAGAAAUGGUUUGUCAAGAUUGGUGUGGAAGAACUUGACUGGCCGGCACAGAGCCCUGACCUCAACCCCAUCGAACACCUUUGGGAUGAAUUGGAAGUCCGACUGCGAGCCAGACCUAAUCACCCAACAUCAGUGCCCGACCUCACUAAUGCUCUUGUGGCUGAAUGGAAGCAAGUCCCCGUAGCAAUGUUUCAACAUCUAGUGGAAAGCCUUCCCAGAAGAGUGGAGGCUGUUAUAGCAGCAAAGGGGGGGACCAACUCCAUAUUAAUGCCCAUGAUUUUGGAAUGAGAUGUUCAAAGAGAAGGUGUCCACAUACUUUUGGUCAUGUAGUGUAUGUAUUGAUGAGAGCUUACUAUUUGUAUGUAUUGAUGAGAGCUUACUAUUUGUACUUGCACGUAUUCUUCUCUUGCAUAGUAACUUUGUAUUUUCUGUUCUUGUGUGUUAAAAAAUGUCCUUCUACCCUUUUUUACUACUGAGCUCUCGUUGCAGACAAAUCCCAAUGUACGUACUUGUACUUACAAAUGGCUCUCAUAACCCUAAAAUAAUUGUAUAUAAAUGUAACUCUCAGAGUACUACUCUCAAUGUACCUCCCACUCACUGUCCUGUCUGCGCCUCUCGUCCCCCAGGGUGUGUGGAAGCCCAGGAAGAUCGCCAACCCGGACUUCUUCGAGGACCUCCAUCCCUUCAGGAUGACCCCCUUCAUCGCCGUGGGCCUGGAGCUGUGGUCCAUGUCCAGCGACAUCUUCUUUGAUAACUUCUUCAUCUCCAACGAGCGGCACACGGCCGAGCGCUGGGCCAAUGAUGGCUGGGGCAUGAAGAAAGCUGCUGAGGGAGCCGCUGAGGUGGGUACAACGGCACACGCGUACACACACAGACAGGCCCACACAGACACUCAUAUACUUACACACCUACACUUGAAUGCUCCGUGUGGAUCAUGAAGCAUACUUAAUUUGGAUCUCUCGUGAAACGUAACUGUUGUUGCAAGCAAAGCAUGAAGAUGGUGUACGAAGGACCCAUGUAGAGGUAGGUUGAGAGGUCGCAUAGUAGUUAGGACUGGUGAGUCCUCAUGCCUCGUUGAUAAAACUUCUCACAAAUCUUCACAGAAAAUAUAUAAUGAAAGAUAUGCAGUGUCAUCACCUGACAUUUCAAGCAGGACCAUGAGGUUUCUCUUCUCUCCUAACCACUCUUCUAUCCUAACCAUAGCACUUUCAACUUCUCAUUAGGAUGUGAAUCCUCUUGCAUCAAAGAAGUAGAGUACAGCAAGAUCUUAAUUUUCCCAAUGGACAUUUUGUUUUGCAGCAAAUAGAACUAAGGGACCUAUCCUUGUAGCAUAGACUUCUGCAUAGCUCCUUGGAGAGGUUUCGGAGAUAUUUGUAGCAUUGCUGUUUUUACAUGAUGCUAGUCUCUAGCCUCUGGGGUUAGCAAGAAAGUAAAUCCAGACUAAACUAGAGGUAACAUGUUGUCCAACCACAGACCUAGGAUCAGGGGCCGUCUGUAUGAACUGUCUCAGAGUAGGAGCGCUGAUCUAGUAUUAGCCCCCCCCCGUCCAUGUAAUCUUAUUCAUUAUGAUCUAAAAGGCUAAACUGAUCCUAGAUCAGCACUCCUAUGCUGAGACGGAUCACCCUAGCCCCAAUCCUCUGUAAACGUUAGGAGGUUAGUGGUGACUUCUCUGCCUGUGUUCUUAUGGGGACACCAGAGCAGACUCUCCCCAUGCCCUUCAGAGGAACGCUGCUGGUUAGCCUGGCUAUCUGUUCCGUGUGAUGUGGAAAACCCUAGCCUGCCCCGCCCCUAAGUGGAAACAGACAUGCACAUGGUGCUCUAGGGAGAGAGAGACCAAGCUGAGCAGUAACAGUGGAACAGUCACUGUCACCAUGCUCCAGCUACUCCUCUGUAUAAUGAGUUGGAUUUAGUUUAAAAGCUUCCUGAGCUAGCCUACAUGACUCUGUUACCCAGUCCUUUUCUUGAGCUAGCCUACAUGACUUUGUUACCCAUUCCUUUUCUUGAGCUAGCCUACAUGACUCUGUUACCCAGUCCUUUUCUUGAGCUAGCCUACAUGACUCUGUUACCCAGUCCUUUUCUUGAGCUAGCCUACAUGACUUUGUUACCCAGUCCUUUUCUUGAGCUAGCCUACAUGACUUUGUUACCCAGUCCUUUUCUUGAGCUAGCCUACAUGACUUUGUUACCCAGUCCCUUUCUUGAGCUAGCCUACAUGACUCUGUUACCCAGUCCUUUUCUUGAGCUAGCCUACAUGACUCUGUUACCCAGUCCCUUUCUUGAGCUAGCCUACAUGACUCUGUUACCCAGUCCCUUUCUUGAGCUAGCCUACAUGACUCUGUUACCCAGUCCCUUUCUUGAGCUAGCCUACAUGACUCUGUUACCCAGUCCCUUUCUUGAGCUAGCCUACAUGACUCUGUUACCCAGUCCCUUUCUUGAGCUAGCCUAGCAUGACUGUUACCCAGAGGAAGAGUGUAGCCUGAAGUGGCUGGUGCAUACUUGCACCGCUAGAGUACACUGUUUCAUAGAACCUAACUUAAAGCUGGAGCUGUGGACCAUUAAGAAGCAGUGGCCCUGCUUCUCACACAGACACACACACACCUUCCGCUGAGGUCGCCUUUAGGUGCUGGUCUCGCUCCGUUGCAGUUGAGGCAUCAUACACUCGUUGCAGUAGAGUUGUGGUGAGUCCAGGGGGGAUGGUGGUGGCUCGUACCCAGUAGAGUUGUGGUGAGUCCAGGGGGGAUGGUGGUGGCUCGUACCCAAGGAUUAGCUCUUAGUUUGGCUGCCUCUCGUCCAAAUUCCUGCAGCCAAUGGACCAAUGCUGCCUUUAUUCCUAAAGGUGAAUUCCUGGGAUGCCUGGCAUGUUGGGCUUACUGGCCCUCUCUCUCUACACAUCUUGGCCUCUCGCUCUCUCUCGCUCUUUCUCGCUCUCUCUUUCUCGCUCUUUCUCUCUCAGCUCUCUCGCUCUUUCUCUCUCGCUCUUUCUCUCUCAGCUCUUUCUGUCUCUCAGCUCUUUCUCUCGCUCUUUCUCGCUCUUUCUCUCUCUCUCUCUUUCUCUCAGCUCUUUCUCUCUCAGCUCUCUCUCUUUCGCUCAGCUCUUUCUCUCGCUCAGCUCGUUCUCUCUCUCAGCUCUUUCUCUCAGCUCUCUCUCUUUCUCUCAGCUCUUUCUCUCGCUCAGCUCUUUCUCUCGCUCUCUCUCAGCUCUCUCUAUUGUUCUCUCUCUCAGCUCUCAUGUUUGUUUCCCCUCUUUCUUUCCCUCAUUCUCUCAUUUUUGUGUGCUCUUGCUCUGUUGCUGUUUAGUUUCUCUCUCUCUCUUCCUUGUGCACACACUCCCUCUCUCUUUCUUGCUGUUCUUACACUUGCACACAUUCUCUCUUUCUGUCAGAGCAGCACACACACGGCCGUACUAGCUACAUGCCCCUCACAGUGAACCGCGGAGCCCAAUGAGCAUUCCACUGCUUUCACAGCCUCAUUGUUUGCUCUAUGGAUCAUUUAGUUUUACACUGGUAGCCAUGCCGGGCCAGUUGGCUGCCACUGUUCAUAUGGAGCAGCUCGUCUCAGGUCUGCUAUUGUAGUAUGGAUGGGUUUGGAUGCACACCCUCCCAUGAACUGUCAUUGUUACGAAACUGUCUCCCAUAGUAUGCAAGACUUAGGUUAGGACUAAUUAAUUAAUCUAACCUAAGGGGUUGUUUUGACUGAGAUUGAACAAAAGCAAGAGGGUCUUUUGUUUUAUGAAGUGCACAAGUAUGUUGUGUUACAGAGUACUCUGUGGGGACAUUUGAGAUGCACUGUGAAACAGGAAAUCCCCAGCCCUUAUAAAGACUUUCAGGAAGCUGUGAGAUGUGGAAAGAAACCCUCAACAACUGUUUUUUCUUUCAUAACACGAUACACAUUUAGGGUCCAUAUGAAAGAUACAGGAGUUAAGUUUUCUUUAUGGUCGACUUUCUAUAGACCUGUUCCGACCAUUUCUUAAUGACCCAUAUACAACACUUGGUUAUACCAGCGAUGUUGUGGCAAACUUGCUACUAAUAACUAUUUUCAACGGCACCCCCAAUAGUGCAGAUGUAAUCAAUACCCUGCUUGUAAUGUAGUUGAUGUUGGUUAGUUGUGGUCGAUGGUUCCCAGAUCUUGACCAUUCCGUGACUGUCUUCUCCCCUCUCCUCUAGCCCGGGCUGGUGAACCAGAUGAUGACCGCAGCAGACGAGCGUCCCUGGUUGUGGGUAGUCUACGUGCUGACUGUGGCCGUGCCCUUCGUCCUCCUCAUCGUCUUCUUCUGCACCGGAAAGGUGAGAGCCCCACAGACCAUUUAUUGUCUCAUUUAUUAUGAAAAUACUCCCACACACAUUUACCUCUGCAUGGUUAUUUGUCGACAGUUCGGUCAAGUCUGGACUUUAGUUUCCAAGACUUUCAGUAAAUGUGUCGGUGGGAGUAAAAUCCUUAAUGGAUGACAAUGUUUUGAUCUGUAUCUUUUCUCUCUCUCCGCAACAGAAGGCGGCGGCUCCAGCUGCAGCCGACUACAAGAAGACAGACGAGCCCCAGCCAGACGUGAAGGAGGAGGAAGAGGAGAAGGCUGAGGAGGACCAAGUCAAGGAGGAGAAGAGCCAGCCAGGUUAAGACUCAUUGGCUCUGUCUCUCUGUCCAUCUCUUUCUUUCUCUCUCUCUCUCCCCCUUUGUCCCUCUGUCUCACUCUCUCUGUCUCUCUCACUCGGUCUCUCUCUCCCUUUCUCCCUCUCUUUCUCUACUGAUGUAGCUUCACAAAUGUAUGUCUAGACAGUGUGUCAUUUACAUGUAUUUGACCAUGUUUGCUUGCUGCCUUGCGUCACGUGGGGGUAUUUCACAAUGCAAGGUCUCAGUAAAAGCUAACUCUGUGUUGGUUGGUUUCCAUAGCAGCAGCAGCGGAGAAGAAGAGUGAUGCAGAGGACAGCCCUGCAGAGAAAGAAGAUGAAGAGGAGGAGGAGGAGGAAGAAGAGGCAGCAGUAAAUGAGGAGGGGGAAGAGGAAGAUGAUGAGGCAGCUGAUCAGGUACGGGACAGUAAGGCAUGACUUGGUUAACAUGAUGUGUUUUGUCGUGACUAGAAAUCAGAGCUUACCGCUUGUGUAGAAAGAGCGCUGUAAAAGCACUGUUGACAACUGCUGAUGUAAAAAGGGCUUUAGAAAUCAUUUUGAUGGGUUGAUUGUGUUCAUUUAAUCGUUCAGAAUAGAGACAAUUGUGGCUUGUGUGACCCAAAGCUCCCACUCUUUCCCGCUCUCUCCAGAAACAAGAAGAUGACGUCCUCAGGAGGUCCCCCAGAAAUACGAAAGGGAGAAAGGACUGAUGUGGCUGCCACAACCCUGGAUCUUCUGAUUUAAACCAACAGGCCUGACCCCCCCCCCCCCCCCGGCUCCCCUUAUUCCCCCCCGCCCCCGGCUGUCUUCUCCACACAUCCCCCCUCCCAGGACGAUGAAGUGAUCUCUCUCGUCAGGAUCAACAGAAAACAAUCAUGACUGCCUCCAGUAUGGAAGUGUGGAUUAUAGUAUGGUGAAGAUGAAGACUGAUGAGUUGUUAGUGUAGGAAGGGGCUUUUCAAACAGCGAAGAAAGAAUCAAACGAUUUCCUAUACCAUUCCGUAAAACAGUGCAGCAGACACUAACCUAGGGACCCCUCCUCCCCUGAACCCCCACCUCCAACACCCUUUGCUCCCCCCAUCCUUCCAUCCAUCUAUCCUGCAGAUCUAGACAGUAUUUAUCAAGCAAUGGUUCUGGGCAACACUACAGCUCGUAGGUUUUAGCCAUUCUCCCUCUCGAUGUCUUCUUGCUUGGUCCAGUUUAACAGUCCCAUGCGUUUUGUAUGUGUCAGAGGGGUAGAUAGACUUAGCAUGAACAUUUCUGUUGAGGGUCUCGACAAACAAAACAAAAAACAUGGAAUUUGGAUGUCUUAUUGUCUGCUUUUAACACUGCAGUUGUGGUUUUGGGAGGUUUCAAGAGACUAAGUUUCCCAUGAUGCACAGGUCUCUUCGACAUUUCAUUCCAUGUGGCUUCCACCAUGUUUUUUAAAGUGUGUUUUGGUUGUAGAAGACCUCGCUCAAGAUGUUCCUAAUACAGUGAAGCUGGGAGUAAGGGGGAUCCAUUGCACAUGCUCAGUUCCCUGCAGAACUGUGGGGUGUGCAACGUUUUUGAAGCAGAGAAAGCGAGCUUAGUAAGCGGGCUUCAAUAGAUUAGAAUGUGUGCUGCCUUACACAGCCCUAUAGCAAGGUUUGCCUAAUGUUUUUUUUCUUUCUGUGAAUGUACUGUGACGUUUCUUUUUUUAAUACUAUGUACAUGGCUUUUUCAUUUUUUUCUAAAGUCUUUUGAUUCCAUUAAUGUUUUUGUUUUUUUCUCUGGUCUUGACCUAUAAUGUAGGGAUCUAGUGUGAGUGUACAUUAACCUAUAUGUGUGAGGGAGAGGAGAAAAGAAAAGCUGGCAUUCCACUUUUUUUGUGAGGGAGUAUGUGAGGCUGGUGCUCGGAGGGGUGACUGUUGGUUGCCGGCAGGCUUCUAGGGUAGAUGCCAAGGUUUUCAGACUGGUGUCCUUGCUCCUGCUGACUCAUCAAGAGAAGAUGGGGGAGGGGGGACUGUCCUGGCUCAGCUCGUGCAGCCUCCUCCCUCAUUAGUGGGAUAAUUCAGUCUCCCGCCUGGCUAUUGGUAGAUGAGUAAGUAAGCCCAUCCUGUGACUGCAUUUCCUAAGUCAAAAGCAGCAGCAGAAUUGAACACAGAUCUUUCAGACUUUUACUCUUAUGUUUCUCAGUCUGAGUCUUUUACAAGAGUCAUAAAGAGUACUCUCAGGGUGUCAGACAAGCUUUCCACCUCUACUUUCUAACUGCAUGAUUCAUUAAUGUCUUUUCCUUUAAACUGACUCCAUACGACAUGAAAAAGGCACUAAGGAGAACACAUUAGGACCGCUCGGUAGCUGGUACCCAUCUGUGGCCUAGUCUUUAACGUUCCUUGUUUCUUACUCACGUUCUUGUGAACCUGUCCACAGUUUUCAGAACAUCCUAAAAAGUAGUGAAAGUCGAAAGCCGUUAAUAGAGGUUUGCCCCAUGUAAAUAGAGUUGGCACUUUUCAAGGUAACUGAGGCGCCCAUGUAAACACACAGUCAUAUACCAGGUAAUUUGCUGUCCGUCUGCAUGGAAUCCUGGUCAAGUUUUGUGGUCUCGGAUUCCUUAGUGGUGAAAGUCGGUCAGACGUGUUUGGAAUCCCACAAUUCUUCUCUUCUCCGGUGUCUGAUCGAGCGAGGUGAAUGGGGAUUGGUUCCCCCGACAAACUCUAAGCUGCAAGUGAUUGGGUGAUGAGGAUCCACAGGAGCUGUUGGUUGAUUGGUCAUUCAUCUACUACAGUACAUUUUGGAAGGCGGGGGGGAAAGAGGUAGAACUUACUAUGAUGAUGUGACUUACAAAACAGAAAUAAACAGAUGUCAUUAAGAGAUUGGAGGUUGGCAGUGUGUUUUUCCUGUAUUGGUCUCAUGGUUUUCUUUUUUCUUAUUGUGAAAGAUGUCAUGGGGUAUAAGUGAGGUAGUUAGUUCCCACUGCAACCUGAUUAGUCAUGUUUCUCUGUAUGGUACUAUUGCUGCAGGGAUUGUGUGGUUUUGGUUUGGGGCUUAGAUAAAUUACAAGGUGGGAGACCGAGGCACCUAG